AGCAAGAUUCCCCUUUUUAUAAACCUGCCAAAAAUGAAUUCCAUCCUGAAAUCCGCAAUUGGUCUCAGCAUCCUGAUUGUUGCAGCAAACUGCCUGGACUGCAAACAAUGCAAGAUUGGUGUACUUGGAAACUGCUUUUUUGGGAAUGACAUCUCAUGUAGCAGUUCAACAGAGAGUUGUUAUACUGGACAAGCACAGUUCAAUGCUUCUCAAUCCCUGACCCUGAUCAGUAAGGGCUGCAUAGAUUCGGACCUGUGUGGAUCGGCCCUAACUGGAUCCAUCCUCGGUGUUACUUUCACCAGCAGUAUUACUUGCUGCAACACUGACCUGUGCAACGGAGCCUCCUCUGUCCAGCUGCCUCUGACUGUGGCCCUUUGUGCUGCCAUCCUGUCAUCACUGUGGGGCUUCUUGGAGUUUUAGUCCAACAUGAUGUUCAUUAUUGCUGAAAGCUGAUGUAACUAUGCUGAGUCAAUAAAAG